GCAUUUCUCCUCCACACCACUUGUCUUAAGUUAUCGCAAUUGCCCCCGUUUUGUUUCUGGUGAUAGAAAAAAAAAAUGGCUCUCUCUGGUAAGGUAGAGGCUGAUGUAAAAAUCAAAACUUCAGCUGACAAGUUCCAUGAUGUAAUGGGUGGCAGACCACACCACAUGACCAUUGCUUCACCUCAAAAAUUACAAACAUGUGAUUUACAUGAUGGUGAAUUUGGGAGAAAGGGCUCUGUUAUCUGCUGGAACUACGUCCAUGAUGGAAAAGCUAAGGUCGCAAAGGAACUCGUGGAAGACAUAGAUGACGUGAACAUGUCCACUACCUUCAAAGUAAUUGAAGGAGAUAUACUGAAGGAGUACAAAAGUUUCAAAUUUGUUGUUCAAGCUACACCUCAGGGGGAGGGAAGCACUGUGCAUUGGAUCCUUGAAUAUGAGAAGCUGAAUGCAAAUAUUCCAGAGCCGACUUCCUUGCUUGAAUUUGUAGUGGAUCUCACCAAAGAUAUUGAUGCCCACCUUGUCCAAGCUUAGACUGCACUCUCCAUCAUAAUCAACAACAUAUGCACCAUUAUUCGCUGGGCAUGGAUGUCCUUCGGAGUGCAUAUAUAUGCAAUAAUAUUUCGUGUGGGUAUUUCUGUUUUACUUUAAUGUAUGUGUGAUGAAAUGAAUAAAUAAAUAUCCUUUUAUUUUAUAUGUAUCGUUUUGACUACUAAUAAAUAAAUUGUGGUUUUGUUAAAGACUA